GUGCUGACCGAGCCCUCUCCCCGUUCCCUCUCCCGCAGCCGCCGGCCCAGCCCAGCCCAGCGCGGCCCCGCGGGGCCCCGAUGAUGCCGGGCGCGCGGGCGGCGGAGCAGCAGCAGCAGCGCCCGAGCGUGCGGCGGCCGCUGCCGCCCCAGUGACGGCCCCGCCAUGUCGGUGAUGGUGGCGAGGAAGAAGGUGGUUCGGAAAUGGGAGAAGCUGCCGGGCAGGAACACCUUCUGCUGCGACGGCCGGAUCAUGAUGGCCCGGCAGAAGGGCAUCUUCUACCUGUCGCUCUUCCUCAUCCUCGGCACCUGCGCCCUCUUCUUCGCCUUCGAGUGCCGGUACCUGGCUGUGCAGCUGUCCCCGGCCAUCCCCGUGUUUGCAGCCGUUCUCUUCCUGUUCGCCAUGGCCACGCUGCUGCGGACGAGCUUCAGCGACCCCGGCGUCAUCCCGAGGGCCCUGCCCGACGAGGCAGCCUUCAUUGAGAUGGAGAUCGAGGCCACCAACGGGACGGUGCCGCAGGGUCAGCGCCCGCCCCCGCGCAUCAAGAACUUCCAGAUCAACAACCAGAUCGUGAAGCUCAAGUACUGCUACACGUGCAAGAUCUUCCGGCCGCCGCGCGCCUCGCACUGCAGCAUCUGCGACAACUGCGUGGAGCGCUUCGACCAUCACUGUCCCUGGGUGGGCAACUGCGUGGGGAAGAGGAACUACCGCUACUUCUACCUCUUCAUCCUCUCGCUCUCCCUCCUCACCAUCUACAUCUUCACCUUCAACAUCGUCUACGUAGCACUGAAAUCUCUGAAGAUUGGGUUUCUGAACACGUUGAAGGAAACCCCAGGGACUGUACUGGAGGUGCUCAUCUGUUUCUUCACGCUGUGGUCGGUGGUGGGGUUAACUGGGUUCCACACCUUCCUGGUGGCACUGAAUCAGACAACCAACGAAGAUAUUAAGGGGUCCUGGACUGGCAAGAACCGUGUGCAGAAUCCCUACAGCCACGGCAACAUCGUGAAGAACUGCUGCGAGGUGCUCUGUGGGCCCCUGCCCCCCAGUGUCCUGGACAGACGGGGAAUCCUGCAGCAGGAGGAGAGCACAGCUCAGGAGGGGUCGUGCCUGCGGGGACCCGGCACGCAGGAGCCCCCGGCCACGCAGGGCCCUGGGCAGGCCCAGGAGGGUGGCAUGAAGCAGCAGGAUGGCAGCAUUCCUCUCCCCAGUGCUGUCCCUGCACCGUCCGUGGCUGACACCGAGAAGCCAGAGGAGAAGCAGCGAACGCCUGGGGAGCUCCCGGUGCCCCCCCCGGACGCUGGGCGAGCGGAGCACUAGCAUCUGCUUGGAAGGGAGAACUUUGUUGUUUUGUCUAAUCAAAGCUGGAAGUGGUGGAGGAGAGGAGAAGGGCUGGAUGGCAGGCACCCGAUUCCCCAUGGCCAUUUUGCUUUAGUCAUUACUCACGGCGGUGACACGGGACGGCGAGCGCGGGUGGCACGCCCUGGGCACCGCGGGCACUGCACAGCAGGGCUGCCUGGGGCCGGGCCUCUGGCUCUGCGGGCUGUCCUGGGCACUCCAUCCCGCCUCAGGGCUGGGGCUGUCCCUCUGCCCGGCCCAGCCUGCUCCCUCCUGCUGAGGAAUCCCCGAGGAAGGGGAAAGCAAUGGUGGCAGCAACGUCCUCGCUCCCCUCCUCCCUCCUUCCUCUCAUCCGUCGCGUUGUUUCGUGGUUGGCGUGGCAAGGCUUGUCAGGAGACAGUUUGGUGGCCCAAGGACCCAAACAAGUGGGGAGUUCUGCUGGCA